AGACAGAGAGAGGGAAGGAAGGAGAAAAGGUGGAAAGUGAGCAGGGAAGGGGAAAAAAGGAUAGAAAUAUUAAAAAAGAAAAGACAAGCGAAACUGCACAUCCCGAAAGAAGGACGUAUAAGACAACAAAACAACCAAGAAAAGUGGAGAACAAAUUGGGGGUCAAAAAAAAUACUUUAAGGAAGACAACCUUCAAGUGCUAAAGAAGAAGAAACAGAGGAUUAAAAAGCAAACGAACCUGCAAGAGGAGCAUUAAAAUAUAAACUGGCAAUAAACAAGUACUCUGGAACCAAGGAGAGAAGGAAAGAAGAGAGAACUGGAAGGUUCGGUGCCAUGUCCCAAGGAGGGUAUUUUGAGAGUGAGAGGCAGUACCAAGCCCUGGAAAUGCCCCCGGCCGCUGCCAGGCCCACUGGCACUGACCUGGGCCCACUUUGUGAGUCUGAGCUGGCCUCAUACAUCGGAGAUGAGCAGCUACUCUCAGAACUACUACAAGGGGCUCAGCAGCGCGGCCCCAAGGGCACCCCGUUCCCCAACUACUACCCCAUGGAGCCGUAUCCCUUCCUGUCUUAUGGAGGAGACCGCAAGGGCCUGGGACCCUUGGACCCACGCUCCGUUGCUGUCAAGGAGGAGCCACGAGGAAGUGAUGCUGGACGGGCAGGUGGACGCCACCCAUACAAUGCCAUGCACUUCCCAGCUGCCCACUGUGCCCAGGUGGCCCUCGCCCAGCCAGGUGUGCGUGCCAGCCAAGCUCUGAGAGUGCUCAAGGGUCCAUCCUGCAGCCCAUCUCCACCCUGUGGUACCCCAAAAGGGAAAAAGUCAGUGAACAAAGAUAGCCUGGAGUAUCGCCUGCGUCGCGAGCGCAACAACAUUGCCGUGCGGAAGAGCCGUGACAAGGCCAAGCGUCGAGUGAUGGAGACACAGCAACGCAUGGUGGAGCUCCUGGGUGAGAACGAGAGGCUGCGCAGCCGGGUGGAGCAACUGAUGCAGGAGACCGAGACCCUCCGUGACAUUUUCCGCCAAGUGCCCGAAGCUGCCGGGCUUAUCAAAGGUCUUGGGGGUUGCAGCUGAAGCCGGUUGGGGUGCCGUGGUGGUGGGAUGGAGAGCAGGGAAGCAGCACAAGGCCAACUGGAGGUGGGGUCAAUGGUGGGUCUUGGGAUCAAGAAGAUGUGGGACUCUGAACAUGUAAAUAAAAGGAUCUCUCGUAACACUUUGGUGAUCUGUGGCCUUUGGUGAUUUGUGGUGGUUUUCCUUUCAAAAUAAAGUGGUAGAAUUCAAACAUAUAGCCAUGGUA